GCAUCCAUCACCGAGUCGCUGCAAACACUGAUCAAAGACAGACUGUCUCACUUCAACUUCCCCCCCCUCUCUAGUAUCUAGGGCACCAAGCGACCCUUCCAUCCCCCCUCUCAAGUCCCAGAGGCAGCUCAGCUUUUCUGAGUCUGGUUGAAUUAUCAACACACCGGUCAAGUCACUUCUCAAUCUCUUCUUUCCCGUGUCCGAUAAAGAAAACUCAGCUUCUUCAACAUGUCUUCUGCUGUCAACGAACUUGCCGAUACCAUGGCCAACACUAGCCUCAACGAACCAACCAACGGUACUCCCGCCGCCACCGCCGAAAUUGGUGCUACUGCAGCUAGUGCCGACGAAGGUCGUCGGUUGUAUAUUGGGAACCUCGCGUACGCGACCACUGAGGGGGAGCUCAAGGAGUUCUUCAAAGGGUAUAACGUUGAGAGCGUUUCCAUUCCUGUUAACCCUAGAACCAACCGUCCUGUUGGCUAUGCCUUUGUUGAUCUUGCCACCGCGCAGGAGGCUCAGGCCGCCAUCGCUGCAUUGACCGGCAAGGACAUCCUUGAGCGCAGAGUUUCUGUGCAGAUUGCUCGCAAGCCAGAGCCCGCCGAGGGGAAGGCCGAAAGUGGUGCUGAAGGCACUGCUGGAGGUCAAGGACGCAAGAGAGGCGGUGGACGAGGCCGCGGCCGCGGCCGCGGUCGUGGUGGUAGAUUUGGUCGUGGAGGCCGUGCUAACGGAGUCAAGGCUGAAGCUACUGGUGAAGAAGCGGCUCCUAUCGUUGAAGUCACGAAUACCGCUGAGGGUGCCACUGAGGCCGCUGAAGCAGGCAGCGAAGGCAAGGACGCAGCUGCUAAGCCUCAAGGCCGUCCCCGUAAGCAACGUGGUCCACCUGAAGAUGGCAUUCCCUCCAAGACCAAGGUCAUGGUGGCAAACUUGCCCUACGAUCUGAGCGAGGACAAGCUUAAGGAACUUUUCGCCGCCUACGAGCCAGUUUCCGCCAAAAUUGCUCUCCGCCCUAUCCCACGCUUCAUGGUCAAGAAACUCCAGGCACGCGGUGAAGCUCGCAAGGGUCGUGGAUUUGGCUUUGUCACUCUUGGUUCUGAAGACCUUCAGAAGAAGGCAGUCGAAGAGAUGCAUGGCAAGAAUAUCGAUGGUCGUGAGAUCGCGGUCAAGGUCGCCAUUGAUAGCCCUGGCAAGGAAGACGAGCCUGCUGUUGCGACUGAAACCACUGAACCUGCUACUCAGGAAGCCGCUCCAGCUACUGCUUAAAUCGGUUUAUCUUCCGUACAAGCCAGCAGUCUUACAGAUGGUUGAUGGAUCAGUUGGUGGGGUGUGAAGAGCCAUCUGAAAUGGGUUUAUCGUGAACAUAUCUUACAUUGAGUGAUCGACAUUUCUUAUUGCUCUGGGUGUCAUCCGAUGCCUGCAGACCCUCUGGUUGUGAAAUCAGCAUGCCUAACUAAAAACUAGUCAAAUGGGGCUUUCCUUGUGCUCCUUUGUCAGUUAAUGACUUUAGGACAAAAUUCUCUGAUGAAAUGAUGAUGAUUUCCAA